AUGCUUGCCGUGGUCCGUUCAUGUCAACAUCUUCAGAAGCAAAUUGUGAUCAGGCCCGCAGGACCGGACGCUCAAAAGGGCAUUCAACUCGUGCAUUCAUCUGACGAUGGCUCUGGGAACCUGAGGCUGUCAUUCUUUUCGUCCGAACUGCGACUUCGCGGCGAGGAGCCCGUAGUCCAACCUCACUAUGCCGGGCCUGGUUCGGAUGUACUAUGUUUUAAUGGAGAAAUAUUUGAAGGAGUGAAUAUUAAACCUCACGAGAACGACGGGAGCAGAUUAUACGAGAUGCUCCAAGCCUGUGAGACACUCGAGCAAGUAAGGAAUUGCAUUGGUAGCAUUGAGGGACCUUAUGCGUUUGUUUUCUAUCAACACGCGUCGUGUCGUGUAUUCUUUGCUCGUGAUCCCUUGGGACGACGGUCGUUACUCAUCCAUCGACUAAACGAAAGGAAUCCGCAUUUCCUGCUGACUUCUGUUUCAAUUGGCCCACACCCUAUGUACCAGGUCGAGGAACUGGAUACCACGACUAUAUCAUUCCUUGAAUUGCGAGAAUUUAACGGAGUGGAAUUCACUGCACAGUUUGCGUCAGCUUUGAAGGCCAUCCCAAGGCUGCCAGAAGGCCGCUCGACAUGCCAAUACGCGAGUGCAUCUCCACUCAAUCGCAUUUUCCCGGAUAAUCCUCCCAGGUUGCAAUCCCUCGACGUCAUACCCGACUUCCUGUUAACAACUGUCGACGACCUGAUCUCUCAGCUGGAGAAGAGUGUUCGAUUGCGAGUGCAAAAUAUUCCUCGAAUACACCAUGACAAGGGUCCAGCUAGCGUGGCUGUUCUUUUCAGCGGUGGUAUUGACUGCACUAUGAUAGCAUUCCUGGCGGACAGAUAUGUGCCGUCGGAGGAGCCCAUAGACCUCCUCAACGUCGCGUUCGAGAAUCCAAGGAAGAUUGGCGCCGCAUCAAAGAAACGGGGAAAGAGAACUAAUGUGGACAGAGACGAAGAUGGCACCACAACAUCCCCGGAUACCUCUUGGCUAGUUCCAGACCGUGCUGCGGGUUUGGAGGAGACGCAGGAAUUAAGGAAACUUUGUCCUACUCGCAGAUGGAACUUCGUUGAAAUCAACGUGACAUAUCAGGAAUAUCAAGCCGCGCGGGAAACUGUAGAAGCACUAAUGUUCCCCAGCCGAACGGUUAUGGAUCUGAGCCUAGCAAUGGCCCUGUACUUUGCAUCCAGAGGGCAAGGCCAAGUUCGGAGUCAUCCUACUGCCAUUCCCGAACCAUACACCAGUCCCGCACGGGUUCUCCUCAAUGGGCUCGGUGCUGACGAACUAUUCGGAGGAUACGCACGGCAUCGCACGACAUUCAACGACGGUGGAUGGGGUUCGGUCCUAGACGAGUUGCAGCUGGAAAUUGACCGUAUACCAACCAGAAAUCUGGGAAGAGAUGAUCGCGUCAUCUCAUCGCACGGCAAGGAGACACGCCAUCCAUUCCUCUCCCUAUCGUUCCUAAAUUUCGUUGCACAACUGCCGGUGCACCAUAAAAUGGAUCCUCGUCUUGACACCGGUGUAGGAGACAAGAUGUUGCUACGGCUGGCUGUGCGUAAGCUCGGCUUGAUAGAAGCCAGUUCGCGGAAGAAACGAGCUAUGCAAUUUGGUAGCCAUUCCGCAAGGAUGGAAGGCGGCGAGAAUGACCGCAGGGGAGAUCUGCUUCUUUCUGGCCUAUCCCAACAAAGCUGA